AUGUCGUGGGCUGUCGGCUAUGCUCUCAUGCCGCUCAAAGGAGUCAUGCUUGGGGGGACCAUAGCAACAGUAGUAGUGGUUACGAUACUAUAUGCCGUCCUCACUGCGGUAUACCUGCUCAAAUUCCAUCCACUUGCCAAAUAUCCAGGACCGCGGCUUGCAGCCGUGACUCGCCUAGUACAUUCCUACCAUUUAUUAUCUGGCACGGUGGUCCGGUUCGCCCACCAGGCUCAUGAGAAGUACGGCCCGGUCGUGCGGAUCGCACCGGAUGAAAUUCUGUUUACCUCCAGCAAAGCAUGGGAGGCGAUCUACGGCCUGCAGCCUGGUCGAUUGGAGAUGAGCAAAGAUACGCCGCUGUUCCGCGGUCCACGAACGCCUCAUGCCAUCGUCACGGCCGAGCAUGAUCUCCAUCGCCUCUAUCGGCGGUUGCUCUCGAAGGGCUUCUCCGAGGCAGCCCUUCGAGAACAGGAGCCCGUAAUCCAGGGCAAGAUUAACCUGCUGUUGGCACAGCUGCAUAGGGAGGCAUCGAAAGGCGUCGCGCCGGAAAUGACCUCCUGGUUCAAUUUCUUCACGUUCGAUCUGAUUGGGGAGCUAGCUUUCGGGGAGUCCUUCGGGUGCCUUGAAAGCUCCACCUAUCAACCAUGGGUCGCCAUGAUCUUCGAGGUUAUGAAGUAUCGGGGCUUUAUGCAGGCCCUCAACUACUAUCCCUCUGUGUCCAGCGCACUGUUGAGGGUCCUCCCCAAAUCCUACGCCAAAACCUUCGCCACUCACAGGCAGCUUACCCAUGAGAAGGUCCAGCGAAGGAUUGAGAGGAAGGUGACGUACAACGACUUGACCGCCAAUCUUCUCGACCCAUACCACAAACUGGAACGAUACCAGAUCGACGGUAAUUGCUCGACGCUCAUUAUCGCCGGGAGUGAAACCACCAGCACAGCCCUGAGCGCUACAACGUAUUACCUUACUCAAUACCCAGAUGCCAAGGCUAAGGUAAUCCAGGAGGUUCGAAGCACAUUUCAAGAACCGGGGGAGAUCACUUCCAUCAGCGUGAAUCAACUGAAGUAUCUGCCCGCCUGCUUCACCGAGGCUAUGCGAAGAUUUCCGCCCGGGCCCGCCGUCUUCCCUCGGCGAGUUCCCAGGGAAGGGGCCUGGGUUGCGGGGCACUGGAUCCCCGGGGGCAUGCAGGUGGGCAUCUGUCAUUUUGCCGCCAACAACUCACGUCUCAAUUUUCAGGAUCCCGAGAGAUUUGUCCCGGAGCGGUGGUUGGGCGAUCCGGCGUAUGCGGAGGACGAUCGACACGCGAUGCAGGUGUUCAGUGUCGGGCCCCGCAACUGUCUUGGGCAAAGUUUGGCCAAGCUCGAGUUGCAUCUGGUGCUGUGUCGAUUCAUCUGGGAGUUCGACUGGGAGCUGUCCCCGGAGUCAGAGAAUUGGGACCACGAUACCCCUGUCUUCAACACCUGGGGGGUCAAGCCUUUGCGCAUCUUUCUCACCCCGGUCAGCCGCUGA